AUGGACACAAGCAUGCUUGAAUCUGAAAUAAAGAGGAGAGAAAGAGUAAAUAAUCAUGCAAUUUUGUGGAGAGAAUGGUUUAAAGUUUUUUUGACUGUUGUCGGUGCAAAAGGAGCUCUGCCAGUCCCUUUUAAUCCAAAACUUAAUUUCUUUCCAACACUAACAAUAACUUCAAAAGACGCUCAUCUUUCUGCAUUAUACAAGAAACAAGGAGAUGUAUAUUUUAGAAAAGGAGAAUUUAUGAUGGCUCAUAAAAAAUACACACAAUGUAUUACUCAUGCUCCUGCUAAAAGUGAUUUACUUGCAGUUGCUUAUGGUUCUCGCGGGAUCGUAUUAUGUUUUAAUAAUUAUAUGGAAGAUUGUCUAAUUGAUAUUGAACGAGCAAAGAAACAUGGUUAUCCUAAUAGUCUAAAAGCAGAGUUGUUCAUGUGGAAAGCAGCUGCCAUGCAAAAACUUGGAAAGAAAAAAACAUUAAUCGAUAGAGUUCUUGAUCAAGCUAGUAGAUGGCUUCGAAGUGAUAUUGAUCGGGCAAAAAUAAUAAAAAUAAGAGGAACAAUAAAUUCAAUAAAAUUGUCGGAAAUCAAAAAGUUGAAGUGUUAUAAUCUUGAUUUAACAAAUGAUGCAUUACCACCUUUAAAGUCAAGAAAUCCAACAGUACCUGGAUUAUCCAACUCAGUUGGAUUAAUGUACUCAGAAAAAUAUGGAAGGCAUAUUGUUGCAACUCAAGAUAUUAAAGCUGGUGAUGUUAUUGGCAUUCAAAAGCCAUAUGCAAGUGUUGUAAAGAUGAAUAUGAGGUACAAUAUAUGCUGGCAUUGUAAAGAACAAACUUGGACUAGUAUACCAUGUGAUACUUGUAGCCAAGUUGUAUUUUGUUCAGAUGAAUGUAAAAAACAAGCACAAGAUAAUUAUCAUGAUAUUGAGUGUGUUGUUUUGUGCCAAACAAUGGCAUUUGAUCCACUAACAAAGGGUUUUAUUGAAGGCAAACUUGAUCCAACAAAAUUUGAAAGUGUUUAUGGUUUGUGUGAUCUAUCAUCAUCAUCAACAGCAAAUGACCAAUGUGUUACAUAUGUUGAUGCUAUUAUAAUGUUAUAUUAUCUUGGUAAGAAAAUUGAACUUUUUCAAGAGGAUCGUCCAAUUGAGUUAUUGUCUUUUUUGAUCAGUCAACAAAGUUUCGUUUUAAUUGUUAAAAGAUUUCUAACUCUAGUACAAUAUAAUUCAUGUAAUUAUUCACUAUUAACAAGUAAAAGAAGUCUUACAAUAGCAUCAUUAAUAGAACCAAGUUUCAGCUUUUUUAAUCACAGUUGUUGUUCAAAUGUAAUACGUACUCAUCGUAAUGGAAAUUUAGCUAUUAUAGCCAUACGUCCAAUUAAAGAAGGUGAACAAGUAUUUGCUAAUUAUGGUGCAUAUUGGUUUUGGCAAAGUAGAGAAGAUCGUCAUAAACAAUUACAACGUUUCCAUUUUACAUGUGAUUGUGAAGCUUGUGAGGGAGAUUGGUCAAUACCUGAAGUCCUUAAGACACCAGAGAUAGUUAAGAAUAAAAGCUUUACUCAUGGUGGUCCAUACAUGAAUAAAGAACUUUUAGGAAUACUUCAUGAAUAUAUCACAGUCUGUACAUAUGCUCUUGCUUAUAUUAAACUAAAUAAGGGACGAUAUCAUGUUGCCAAACUUGUUGGUGAUUUUGCCAAAUUUCUUAACAAAGAAUAUAAAAAUUAUAAUAAUCAAUCAUAUGAAGUUUUUAGAGUUGGAAAAUUCAUUGAGGAAUUGUAUAUGUUAUUAGAAAAAUUAUUUUUCUGUUUAUCUGGUAAAAUUGAUUAUCCACCACUUGAAUAA